GCCACUCAAGCUGGUGUCAGGGAUUCCCAGUCUCCAGGUGGUGCUGAAGUCCAUCAUGAAGGCCAUGGUACCACUGCUCCAGAUCGGCCUGUUGCUCUUCUUUGCCAUUGUCAUGUUUGCCAUUAUCGGCGUUGAGUUCUACAUGGGCAAGUUCCAUCAGACCUGCUUCAAGCAUGACAGUGAUGAGCAAGUUGCCGAGUACCCCUGCGGCCUGGAGGCUCCUGCUCGGACCUGCCCCAACGGCACUGAGUGCCGUGAGUACUGGAUUGGCCCGAACUUCGGCAUCACCAACUUUGACAACAUCCUGUUCGCAGUGCUAACCGUCUUCCAGUGCAUCACAAUGGAGGGCUGGGUGGAGAUACUCUACAACGCUAAUGAUGCCUCAGGGAACACCUGGAACUGGCUGUACUUCAUCCCCCUCAUCAUCAUCGGCUCCUUCUUUAUGCUCAACCUGGUGCUGGGAGUCUUAUCAGGGGAGUUUGCCAAGGAGCGAGAACGGGUGGAGAAGCGCCAGGAGUUUCUGAAGCUGCGGCGACAGCAGCAGAUUGAGAGGGAGCUCACGGGCUACCUGGAGUGGAUAUGCAAAGCAGAGGAAGUCCUGCUAGCUGAAGAGGACAAGAUCGCCGAGGACAAAUCCCCGCUGGAUGGUGCGUGGUACAAGAGGAAACAGAACAACCCAGUGCUGAAGAGAGCCAAGACCAAAAAGAGCAAGAAUGACCUCAUCAAUGCCGAGGAAGGAGAGGACCACUUCACAGACAUCUCCUCUGUAGCGCCCCCAGGGUCUCCCUUUGCCCGUGCCAGCCUGAAGAGCAGCAAGAACGAUAGCUCCUCCUACUUCCGCCGCAAGGAGAAGAGGCUCCGUUUCUUCAUUCGCCGCAUGGUCAAAGCGCAGAGCUUCUAUUGGAUCGUGCUGUUCCUGGUGGGGCUCAACACGCUGUGCGUGGCCAUCGUCCACUACGACCAGCCCGAGUGGCUCACCCAGGCCCUGUACUUGGCAGAGUUUGUGUUCCUGGGCCUCUUCCUGACAGAGAUGAGUCUGAAGAUGUACGGCCUGGGACCCAGGAACUACUUCCACUCCUCAUUCAACUGCUUUGACUUUGGGGUGAUUGUGGGAAGCAUUUUCGAGGUGGUGUGGGCAGUGGUCAAGCCAGGGGCCUCGUUCGGCAUCAGUGUCCUAAGAGCUCUCCGCCUGCUCAGGAUCUUCAAAGUCACAAAGUAUUGGAACUCUCUGAAGAACCUGGUGGUCUCUCUGCUCAAUUCCAUGAAGUCUAUCAUCAGCUUGCUCUUCUUGCUCUUCCUCUUCAUCGUGGUGUUCGCUCUGCUGGGCAUGCAGCUCUUCGGAGGACAGUUUAACUUCGAUGAGGAGACUCCCACGACAAACUUCAACAACUUCCCUGCUGCCAUUCUCACCGUUUUCCAGAUUCUGACAGGAGAGGACUGGAAUGCAGUGAUGUAUCAUGGGAUUGAAUCUCAAGGGGGUGUGCGGCGGGGAAUGUUCUCCUCCAUCUACUUCAUCGUUCUCACCCUCUUCGGAAACUACACACUCCUCAACGUCUUCUUGGCCAUCGCUGUCGACAACCUGGCAAACGCACAGGAGCUCACUAAGGAUGAAGAAGAACAGGAGGAAGCAGCCAAUAAAAAGCUUGCCCUCCAAAAGGCUAUGGAGGUGAAGGAGGUCAGCCCCAUGUCGGCAGCUAACAUUUCCAUCGCAGCUUUUGUAAACCAAAAUCGAGGUGCUCUCUCUCGCAGCUCGUCCGUCUCCAGCGUUAAUUCACCUAAGGAGCAGCAGAAGUCUAUGAAGAUGAUGUCGGUGUGGGAGCAGCGCACGACGCAGCUGCGCAGGCACAACCUGCGGGCGAGCAGCGAGGCGUUGUACAACGAGCUGGACCCCGAGGACCGGCUGCACCUGUCCUCCGCCCUGCGCAUCCGGCCCGACAUGAAGACCCACCUGGACCGCCCCCUGGUGGUGGAGCCCUGCAGCGGCAGCAACGGCGACAAUCCGGCCGAGGGUGAUCCGGGGGAGGGCGACACUGUGGCACACCCGCGCAAGCACCACCGCCACCGGGAGAGGGCUGCAGAGGACGCCAACGGGACCAGGAACGGGACCGGGAACGGGACCGGGAACGGGACCGGGAACGGGACCGGGAAUGGGACCGGGAACGGGGACGCCAGCGACAACAGGGAUGGGCGGCACCACACCCACCACAGCCGCAGCAAGGAGCACAACGGGUCCCGCGGGAGGGAAGGCCGGGGCGACAGGAGCCGCAGCCGAGAGGGCGAGAAAGAGCACCGGCGUCACCAUGGCCACCGGCAGCCCAAGGAAGGCAAUGGCGUGGCCAGCAACGGCGCCAAGGGAGAGCGCAAGGGGCGGCACCGCGACGGGGCAGGGGGGGGCGCCAGAGGGGAGAACGACGGGAAUGGCGAGCGGAGGAGACACAGACCUCGUGGUGCUAGAGCCCGGUCCACACUAGAGGGCGAUGAGUGCAGGGAGAAUGAGGAAAGGGAAGGCGUCAAGGGUCAGGGCCACAGGGGAAGAAUGACCGAUGGGGAAGGGGACAACAAGGCCACCAGCCCGCAGGUGCCCUCCGAUGGCCAGCAAUUGGCUGGUGACAAGCCAGAAGACUCAGAUAACCAGAAGAACCUGACUCGGACGGGACAGACGGGGGUUGGCACUAAUGCAGUCCACAUCCCAGUCACCAUUACCUCCCCACCUGGAGAGACCACUGUCAUUCCCAUGGCAGUGAACAACUUUGAAUGUGACAACCUCCCGAUGAAUGAGGAGAAGAAGGACCUGGAUGACGAGACCAAGAACGGGCCCCGGCAGAUCCUACCUUACAGCUCCAUGUUUGUGUUUGGCCAGGCCAACCCCGUGCGCCGUCUGUGCCACUACGUGGUGAACUUGCGCUACUUUGAGAUGUGCAUCCUGAUAGUCAUCACGAUGAGCAGCAUUGCCCUGGCUGCGGAAGACCCAGUCCAGGCCAACGCCCCCCGCAACAACGUGCUGAAGUACUUAGAUUAUGUCUUCACGGGCGUGUUCACCUUCGAAAUGGUGAUUAAGAUGAUUGACCUGGGCUUGGUGCUGCACCCAGGGUCCUACUUCCGCGAUCUGUGGAACAUCCUGGAUUUCAUUGUGGUCAGCGGUGCUCUGGUGGCGUUUGCGUGUUCAGGGACCAAAGGAAAAGACAUCAACACCAUUAAGUCUCUCAGGGUUCUCCGUGUGCUGCGACCUCUGAAGACCAUCAAACGGUUGCCCAAACUGAAGGCUGUGUUUGACUGCGUGGUGAACUCCUUGAAGAACGUGCUGAACAUCCUGAUCGUCUAUAUUCUCUUCAUGUUCAUCUUCGCUGUCAUCGCCGUGCAGCUGUUCAAGGGGAAGUUCUUCUACUGCACCGAUGAGUCAAAGGGGCUGCAGAAGGACUGCAAGGGUCACUUCCUGAACUACAACAAGGACGGCGUGACUGCCCAGCUCCGUGAGUGGAAGAAGUAUGAGUUUCACUAUGACAACGUGCUGUGGGCAUUCCUCACCCUAUUCACUGUGUCCACCGGAGAGGGCUGGCCCAUGGUCCUGAAACACUCAGUGGAUUCCACCUAUGAGGACCAGGGUCCUAGUCCCGGGUUUCGCAUGGAGACGUCCAUCUUCUAUGUGGUCUACUUUGUGGUCUUCCCUUUCUUCUUUGUCAACAUCUUUGUGGCCUUGAUCAUCAUCACCUUCCAGGAGCAAGGGGACAAGGCCAUGUCCGAGUGCAGUCUAGAGAAGAACGAGAGAGCGUGCAUUGACUUUGCUAUCAACGCCAAGCCUCUGACACGCUACAUGCCUGAGAACAAGCAGUCCUUCCAAUACAAGAUGUGGAAGUUUGUGGUCUCCCCGCCCUUUGAAUACUCCAUCAUGACCAUGAUCGCCCUCAACACCGUGGUGCUCAUGAUGAAGUUCCAUGGUGCCCCCGAAAUUUAUGAGAACAUGUUGAAGUACCUGAAUAUCGUGUUCACUGCCCUCUUCUCUCUGGAGUGCAUUCUCAAGAUCAUUGCCUUUGGACCACUGAACUACCUGAAAGAAGCCUGGAACGUCUUUGACUUUGUGACAGUGCUGGGAAGUAUAACAGACAUCCUGGUGACGGAGAUUAUAUCAACGGACAAGCUGAUUAACCUGAGCUUCCUGAGGCUUUUCCGGGCAGCGCGGCUCAUCAAGUUGCUGCGGCAGGGCUACACCAUCCGAAUCCUGCUCUGGACCUUCGUGCAGUCCUUCAAGGCCCUGCCUUAUGUGUGCCUGCUGAUUGCUAUGCUGUUCUUCAUCUACGCCAUCAUUGGAAUGCAGGUGUUCGGCAACAUCGAGCUCAAUGAGGAAACAUCCAUCAAUCACCACAACAAUUUCCGCACCUUCCUCCAAGCACUCAUGCUACUGUUCAGGAGUGCCACAGGGGAGGCAUGGCAGGAGAUCAUGCUGUCGUGCCUGAGCCACCGCCCCUGUGACGAGCGAUCUGGCUCCAGUGGGAAGGAGUGCGGGAGUGACUUUGCCUACUUCUACUUCGUCUCCUUCAUCUUCCUUUGCUCCUUCCUGAUGCUGAAUCUGUUUGUGGCCGUCAUCAUGGAUAACUUUGAGUACCUGACCCGGGAUGCCUCCAUACUGGGGCCUCACCACCUGGACGAAUUCAUUCGCGUCUGGGCUGAGUACGACCCCGCUGCUUGUGGGAGGAUUUCCUAUAAGGAUAUGUACAAUCUGUUGCGUGUAAUAUCGCCUCCCCUCGGCUUAGGGAAGAAGUGCCCUAACAGGGUGGCGUACAAGCGGCUGGUGAAGAUGAACAUGCCUAUCGCUGAGGACAACACAGUGCACUUCACCUCCACCCUCAUGGCUCUGAUCCGCACGGCUCUGGAGAUCAAGCUGGCGUCGGGAGUGCUGGCCCAACGUCUCUGCGAUGCCGACCUGAAAAAGGAGAUUGCUAACGUCUGGCCCAACCUGUCCCAAAAGACCAUGGACUUGCUGGUGACCCCACACAAACACAAUGAACUGACAGUUGGGAAGGUGUACGCGGCCCUCAUGAUCUUUGACUACUACAAGCAGAACCGAGCCAAGAAUCUCCAGCAGCAGCAGCCUACAGGUGGAGCCCAGGGAAAGGUUGGGGCCCUCUUCCGGCCCAUGCUCCCAUUGGCUCACAUGCAGGACCAGGAGCCGCUGCUUAGCAACGCCAAACCGCCGCCCACCCAGCCUGAGCCACAACCCCAAUCAGAACCGCCACCCACUGACACCUCUCUGACCAACGGGACCACAGUACAAAGCCAGGACGCCACUGUCAAAGAAUCUCCCUCCAGGGUAGUGGAGAAACCACAGGAAGUACAGCGUCCAAGAAGCAAGCGAACCGUCCAGAGGGGCCAGUCAGAGGACAUCCCCAGCACUACCAAAGCUAAGGAGUCUGUGGAGAUGAAGAACAUGGAGGACAGUACUGAUGUUGGGGGUCACCCUGGUCUGGAGAGCCAGGGAAGAGCUGCCUCCAUGCCUAGACUCAAUGCAGAGUUUCAGCGAAGCCACUGUCGAUACGCCCCGGGAACGUACCUCUCACCAAUACCUGACGCUAGUCCAAUGAGGCGCUCCAUCUCCACCCUGGCCCCACAGCGCCCCCAGGAGGUGAACCUGCGGGACUACGCCCUGGAGCGGCCGGCUCUGGAGAAGCCCCACCACCAUCACCACCACCACCACCGCUGCCACCGUCGCAGGGACAGGGAGAAGAAGCAGCGAUCGCUGGAUCAGCCGACCAGCCGCCAGCCGUCCACCACAGCAGGUACACCAGGUGACCCCCCUGUGGAGUCCACGUUCCGGGAGCGGGCGUAUGACCGCGGUCGGUCACACGAGAGGAAGCACCAUUCCGCGUCGUCAGAGAAGAAGCAGCGGUACUACUCCUGUGACCGCUAUGGCAGCCGGGAGCACUUCCACACCAAGCCCACCUCCGCCAGCUGCGCCGUGUCACCCAGCGAGUCCCAGGAGCCCGGAUUCAGCAAGCAGGGCAGUGGUUCCGCUAAGGGGAGCCCCGUGAUGCUGACCUCAGGGGCGAGCACACCCUGCCGAGGGCGACGGCAGCUGCCCCAGACCCCCCUCACCCCCCGCCCCGGUGUGGCCUACAGGACCGCUAACUCUUCCCCCGUGCAGUCGGGUGUCGCCCGAGCCGGCCCGCCCACUCUGAGUACCGGCAGGCUGAGCCGCGGCCUGUCUGAGCACAACGCCCUCCUGUGGGGCGAGGUGGGCGACUCUGACUCGCCCGUGCCCAUCACCCGCAUCGGCUCUGACCCAAGCCUGGGCCACCACGACCCACAGGACAGGGGUUCAUACUGCGGCCUCUCAGAGGAGGGGGACGUUUUUCAGGAUGCACUGAGCUCCCAGGCCGGACGCUCCCCACGGACCGCCGCCCCCCAGGGGACUGCUCUCCCGCCCCCUCCAUCCCAGCAGGGCCGGGGUGUCCCCAAUGGGUAUCAUUUCGCCCUGGGUGUCAAUGCUGGCCCUGGAUCCAGCACCACAGGGCGUGGCAGCCAACGGGAGGCUGAGGAGGAUGAAUGGUGCUAGCAUGGCUUUAACAGACAGACAGGACUCACACACACGCAUACAUGCACGCACGCACGCACACUCACACACACA